AUGUCUUCCUCCCUGACUUGCGUCUUUCUUUUCCUUCAAACUGUAUCCGUCUUGUGCAAGUUGGAUAUUUCUCGCUGCCCUCUGUUCUUGAAGCCUAGUGUCUCCAGGGAUGGGGACUUGCAACUGGACGCAUUUAUUCCCCUCUACUACUUGAAUUUACAAACAGAUAUGCAGAAAUACUCUUUUCUGCACAAGCCAGCACAAAGGUUACCAGAGGAGUGGGAUUGGAAUAAUUAUCCCUAUGCUCUGGCCUUUCUCUUCGCCAUUGAAGAGAUCAACAAGGACCCCCGUCUGCUGCCCAAUUUGACGCUCGGUUUCAAUCUCUACAACGCGCUUCAUUUUGAUCAUAAAACCUUAGAGAACAUCUUGUUUUGUUUCUCCGGAGGGAAACGAGCUGUCCCUAAUUAUGAUUGCCAGGAACAGAAAAAAUCUGUUGCCGUUAUUAUAGGAACCAGGAUAGAAUUUUUCAGAGAUAUUGGACCACUUUUGGAACUCUACAAAACCCCACAGGUCACAUAUGGGCCGUUUGAUUCUUUACUGAAUGAUAAAGAGCGAUUCUCAUCAGUCUAUCAAAUGGCUACUAAAGACAAUGUCCUGGUCCUUGGCGUGGUCUGGUUAUUACAGCAUUUUGACUGGACUUGGGUGGGAUUCUUUGCCUCGGAAGGGAUAAGAGGUAGGAAAUUCAUGUUGGAGUUGAAAACACUCAUGUUGAAGAAAAGUAUCUGUCUAGUCUUUACAAUAAUGCUAUCUAGCUCCUGGAUAAGAAAUGAAAAUAGAUUUAUACGGACAAAAGACUGUCAAGAUACUUCAAAAAUAAAUGUCACCAUAUUAUAUGGAGAUGCUGAAAUUUUUAUAGGGAUACACAUCUGGACAAGAACCUGUGUACUUUCAGGGAUGAUGUGGGUCAUAGCUACAGGGUCAUAUGUUGACUGGUAUAAGAUGAAGAACAUAAUAGAUCUUUUCCAUGGAAGUCUCUCAUUUUCACCCAAGAAGAGAGAAGUGCCUGGCUUUGAAGACUUCGUGAAGACAUUGAACCCUUCCAAAUACCCAGAAGACUUUUAUAUCAUUCAGCUGUGGCUUGACAUGUUUAAUUGUUCAUUUGCUGGCUCACUAUGUGGGAAUCUUAAAGACUGUCCACCAAAUUCUUCAUUAGAGUUUAUGCCAGGGAAUAUGUUGACCAUGACUGAAUCCAGCUAUAUUAUCUACAAUGCCGUGUAUGCAGUGGCCCAAGCCCUCCAUGAGAUGCUCCUGGCAAAAACUGAAACAGAAUUGACCAGUGAUGCAAACCAACCAACAUUCCUCUCCUGGCAGCUUCACCCUUUUCUGAGAAGGCUCCAAGUCACCAACAGCAUCGGAGACCACAUCUCCUUGGAUGACAAAAGAAACAUUCCAAAAAAAUAUGAUAUCCUCAACAUUUUGCCAGUUACUGCUGCUGCUCAUGACUUUCUGACUAAAGUAGGAGAGUUUGUCUUCAGUGGUCAAAAUCAAAACUUGGACAUCCAUGAAGAGAUCAUAAAUUGGCCUGUUGAAUUGGAAGAGCCUCCACAAUCAGUUUGUACCCAGAGCUGUGGUCCAGGAUUCAAGAAAGUUGCAAAUGAAACAAAUAUCUGUUGCUUUAGAUGUGUCUUCUGUCCAAAGGGAGAGAUUUCACAGCAGAAAGAUGUACAGGAGUGCACCAAGUGCUCAGAUCAAGAAUAUUCAAACCAAGAAAGAACCCGCUGUCUCCCCAAACUGGUGACCUACUUGUCCUUUGAAGAUUCCUUGGGCAUGGCUCUGGCCUGCACAGCUUUGUGCUUCUCUAUGCUCACAGCUGGGGUUCUGUGGGUCUUUGUGAAGCACCAAGACACCCCCAUAGUCAAGGCCAAUAACAGGACUCUCAGCUACAUCCUGCUCAUCUCCCUGCUCCUCUGCUUCCUCUGCUCCUUUCUCUUCAUUGGACAUCCACACCCAGUCACCUGCAUCCUCCAGCAAAUCACAUUUGGACUUGUGUUCACUGUGGCUCUUUCCACUGUGUUGGCAAAAACCAUGGUUGUGCUGUUGGCAUUCAAAUCCAUGAAGCCGGGAAGAACCAUGAGGUGGCUGUUGGCAUCAGGGGCUUCUAACUAUGUCAUUCCCAUCUGCACUCUUGUCCAAGUGGUUAUCUGUGGCAUGUGGCUGGGACUGUCUCCCCCCUUCAUUGAUGUAGACACACGCUCUGAGCCCGGGCACUUGCUCAUCGUGUGUGACAAGGGCUCAGUCACCGCCUUCUACUGUGUGCUGGGCUACCUGGGUUCCUUGGCCCUGGUCAGCUUCUCCUUGUCCUACCUUGUCCGCAACCUGCCUGACGCCUUCAAUGAAGCCAAGUUCUUGACCUUCAGCAUGCUGGUGUUCUGCAGCGUCUGGGUGACCUUUCUACCUGUCUACCACGGUGCCCAGGGCAAGCUCAUGGUGGCCUUGGAGAUCUUCUCCAUCUUGGCCUCCAGUGCUGGUCUCCUAGUGUGCAUCUUUGCUCCCAAGUGUUACAUUAUUCUGAUCAGACCUGACAAGAACUUUUCCAAAAGAAACAGAGAGGGAAAGAUAUUAGAGUCUUCCUACAGAUGA